AUGCGAGUUGCAGCAAACGAGCGAAGCAAAUCAAGCAUAAACAGUCUCUCUUUGCCUAAGGUCAUCGAGGAAGAUAAGACUGUUAUCCAUAAUGGCAUCGAAGUUCGCUUGACUUUGUUUCGUCCGCCGCGAACCGAGAAAGACAUCCUCCCAGUUGUCAUUUAUUACCAUGGUGGAGGGUUUGUUUUUGGGUCGAAGUUUACUCAUGCUAAACCUGUACGAGAUAUUUGCGUGGGAAAUCAUGUGGUCGUUGUAUUUGUGGACUAUUCACUUGCUCCCGAGGUAAAAUGCCCUGUAAUUCACGAAGAAUGCUUCGCAGCACUAUCGUGGGUUGUCGAAAACGGGGACUCUAUUAAAGCCGAUACAAGCAGACUGGCCAUCUGUGGCGAUUCAGCAGGGGGCAAUGUAUCUGCGUGCAUCCCACUGAUGGCAAAGGAACGGGGUCUUUCCGAUGCCAUAAAAACACAAAUACUAAUUUAUCCGAGAACGGCGGCUUCCCGAGAUCACUACGAGUCCUUUCAAACUUUCGGCAACGGCGACUAUUCUUACUCGGCUCAGGACAACAGGUUUUUUGAUCAAGCCUAUACAAAUGGUAGAGAAAAAACAAAAAUUGGAUACCCAUUACUUGCCACACAAGAAGAGAUGAAAGGACUUCCACCAGCCCUGGCGUUUAUUGCCGAGGCAGAUAUCUUACGCGACGAAGGCGAAGAAUACAUAAGAAACUUGACUGCAGCUGGUGUACCUACUUUAGCAAUUCGAAUUCUCGGUGCAAGUAUGUUCAUUUCUCGCGUCAAAAUUUUUGGCUUGACUUUAUUAUAUACGGUUGCUGCUAUCAUUGGAGGUGCUCAAUUGUUUAUUUCUAUAAUUUUGCGUAUGCCAACUAUACAGUCCAUGGGUAUCUAA